UGACAAAUCACAUUUAAAAUAAAGGGAGUUGGUCAAUUAAUACAAGCAACAUAUUCGGGGUCUUACAUUUACAUGAUCCAUCAUAAUUUCAUACAACCUCAGAUUUCUUGCGACUCUCCAAAGAUCCAACAACCUUCCCCUUUCCCCCUCUCUUCUGUCUGUACCAACAGCGUACCUUCUUCUUCUCCUUCUUCCUCUUCUCAACAAAUUCUUUUUCUUUUUAGUUUCUUCUGGGUUUUUAACCAUCUUCCAUGGCUCACAAUCACUCUUCAGAUACAAAUGGGAAAAUGAAGCAUGGUGAAUCACUGGUUGUUUGUUUUGGGGAAAUGUUGAUUGAUUUUGUGCCCACCGUUGCCGGGGUCUCGCUGGCUGAAGCACCUGCAUUCGCUAAAGCUGCCGGUGGUGCUCCUGCUAAUGUUGCUGUGGGAAUCUCACGGUUAGGAGGUUCCUCCGCUUUCGUUGGAAAGGUAGGGAAGGAUGAGUUUGGCUUCAUGCUAGCUGACAUUUUGAAGCAAAAUAAAGUAGAUAAUUCAGGUAUGAGAUUUGACCCCGGGGCAAGGACAGCACUAGCAUUCGUUACUUUGAGAGCCGAUGGAGAGCGUGAAUUUCUCUUUUUCCGCAAUCCAAGUGCUGAUAUGCUCCUUCAUGAAUCCGAGCUUGAUAAAGACCUACUUGAAAAGGCGCGGGUCUUUCACUAUGGUUCAAUUAGUUUGAUAGAGGAACCUUGCAGAUCAGCUCAUCUUGCUGCACUGACAAUUGUGAAGAAGGCAGGUGGUUUCCUUUCGUAUGAUCCCAAUUUGCGUAAACAAUUGUGGCCAUCAGAGGAAGCUGCUCGGGAUGGCAUAAUGAGCAUAUGGGACCAAGCAGAUAUGAUUAAGGUAAGUGAAGACGAAAUAACAUUCUUGACUGGAGGUGAUGACCCAUACGACGAUAAUGUUGUUAUGAAGAAACUCUUUCAUCCCAAUCUUAAGCUCUUGAUAGUGACUGAAGGGUCAGAAGGUUGCAGAUACUACACUAAGACGUUUAAGGGCAGGGUUUCAGGCGUGAAAGUUAAACCUGUGGACACAACUGGUGCAGGUGAUGCAUUUGUGGGAGGCAUUCUAAGCAAUUUAGCUUCUGACUUGAAUAUAUUGAAGGAUGAGAAGAGGUUGAGAGAAGCUUUGCAUUUUGCAAAUGCUUGUGGCGCUGUUACAGUUACGAAGAGAGGGGCCAUUCCUGGUUUACCAACAAGAGAUGAAGUCCUUGAAAUCUUGCAACAAGCCUGAUGCAGUAGAAUUUAGGCAAAUUCUUUUUUCGUAAUUUUGUGUAUUUGAUGUAAUUCUAGGCUCUGAUGGUAGCUUCUAGUUUGAGGCGCCAAAUAUAGUUCUUUUUGUUUGAAUAGCUUUUAUGGUUUUUAUUGUUAGGUUCCUCUUAUUUCAUACUAUUACUGGCCAGAACUUGACAUCCGCAAGCUAAUUCUUUUAGCUUGUUUGACUGUUGAUGUAUUGAUCAUUUGAUUGUAUCCCGUCCUUUUCCCAAUAUAAGGAAUCAUUAUUGUAAAA